ACAAAAGCGGAUGUCGUUGUUAUUCUGCGACAAGCAAGUGUUUCGGCUUUCUACACUUCCUCUUUUAUGCAGCGUACACUGGUUGCCUUGUCUUCCGUCCUGUGUUGUGUGCCUGUCUCCGCGGGCAACCGUUCGUAUGUACCCUGGACCAGCGUGUCGAGUGGUCUUCGCCAGGGAAAGCUUACGGAGCCUAUACGGUUCAUUGUUUUUGUUUUGUUUUCCUUUUAGUUUCAGCCGGCGGGAAGACUUUUUGAGGCGGAUUUCAUUUACAACUUGGACGUGAAGGAAGCCGAAAAGAUUAGGAUAAUUGCCUUUUGGGGAUGCCACAGGGUUCUGGCGUCGAGCGAACGCGGCCGUUUCCGGCAACACCCACCUUUCCGCCCCGUGAUUGGACCCGUGUGUUGACUUUCGUGGCCCAGUUUUGUACUUUUGUUCUGUCUCCGAGAAGUACCACAUCCGAUUUCGCCGUUUAUAGGGUUCUCUAUCCUCGCGAACUGUAGGUCAGCCGAGCCCCCUCCGCGUGCCAUACAACCAUGCCCUGUCCCGGUUGGCCACUGCCUCUGUUCCCUGUUCAACCACUUCAGGUCUGGCAUAAUCACUUAAGGAAAAAAUCGCUGUAACGACAUCUGCGCGAUUACUUGCAUGCUCAAACGCACUGCAACUCGAAGAAGCGACUGUUUUCGUACUCGUACUCGCAGUCCGACGCCUUUACAGCUGCGCCUUCAGCGCCGCAGGCAACACAUGUGCUGAUCUCUUUCGGAAGAGGAUGUUCACAGCCACUGGAUUCCGACACUCAGUUUAGUUACCGUUCGUUGUUACACCGGGGAACUCGAAAAGAGGUCGGCGACUGUUUAUUGUUUGUUCUUCGACAAUGGGACAGGCAGGGGGCGACUUGUUAAGAGCCGUCCUGACCAGACAGCAUGCUAUCGAAGUUGGCGUCGUCCUGCUCUUCUUGGUGGCAUACAGUGCCCAGCCGCUACUUGUAGAUGUCAUCAAGAUUAAUGGAGGGGCACAUCCUAGCACCUUCUCAGUUCUCAUCCCUCACUACUACUCUAUGGUUCUUGUGGGCACGUUGCCCACAAAACAGAAGCUUUCAGAAUGCGAUUGGCGAAGGGGAAUGAUCCUGUCUACUUUGGACAUCAUCAACCAGUUGCUUAAAAAAGCUGGCCUACUGUAUUCCGGGGCUGCAGUGUACAUCGUUAUUGACAGUUCGUCAAUCGUCUGGACGGCGAUUUGGUCCAUGGUACUUCUUCGCCGAAAACUGAAAUUAUUCCAUUGGGUCGGAAUAGGGCUGAUUACACUUGGGAUAUCUCUGAAGGCGUGUCAGCUGAACUUCACGUUCCACGACGAAGAGUUUUUGGGCGUUAUCCUCACUUUGGUGGCAUCGAUAUUGAUGGGCUUGACAUUUGUCCUCAAUGAGAAAUACAUGAAGGGUGUCAAGAAAAUUGAAGGCCCGAACCUUGUCUGCAUGAUGGGGGUGUGCUGCGCCGUACCGAUCACGCUGUGGACCCUUUUUUGGACAGUUCCGCGGUUUAGUGAACUCGUGAUUGACCCAGUUCGCGAGCAUAACGGCUCCUUCAAGACGGUUGCUUGUUGCUUUUUCUGGCUGUUCGCUUCAUGCUGGUUGCAUUCCGGCACUCUUUGGUUUCUUAUGGCCAACUACGGGGCCGUCUCGACCGGCAUACUUAAGGGAGUAAAGGUCGCCCUUGUUUUCCUUUUCUCUCACGUGCUCUUUUGUGACAUCCAACCACAUCAAUGCCUAAAUGUCUGGACCGGAACUUCGGCGUUAAUCUGCGUUACUGGCGUCAUUCUCUACUCCUUUGCGAAGAUCCAGUGGUCUGGGAAGUCCGAAGAUAAGCCAACUCCUGACGUGGCCUCUGAGGCAUCUCCGACGUCAAUUGAAGAUGGGGAGGAAAAGAAGAAGGUGGAGCGGCAAUAAUUGUACGUUAGUGUGGCCACACUUCUGUUUUGCCACCGAUAAAGAAUGCAACGGAAUCUUUAUUUGCAUGAACGGGAUAAAUGUCUGCAAGGCAGUCCAGGUGACGAGCAAAAUGUUGUAUAUAUAACUUUUUGUUUUUGCUUUUUGUAAACAAUAACUUGAUCUAAUGCAGGUUCUCCAUUGAGGACUCCAUGUCGACUGCAUUUUCUGUCGCGUGUGGUGUACCUCCUUGAGCUCGUGUCUCUGAAUCGUUCACCACUACGCAUUGCAUUUGAGCGAGUUUUGGGGAUGCGUGGUUUAGCGAACCAGAUUGUGCAUUACUUAACAAACGGGAUUGUGCUCUCAUAUUCAGCCACAGUUGGUUGAGGAUAACACAGGAAAAGCCACUUCCAGGUGCAGGGUUGUCUCCACUGUAGAGGGGCAUCAACUACUAGCGGGCACUGACCGCGGACCGGUGGCUGUGAGGUUUUCUUAAGUAAAAUACCUUAGAAAACUAUUGAACCGCAGUGGCUCGUUCGUUUGGAAACAUGUGUUCGUUGCUGUGCCGUAGUGGCGGGAAACCGUGUACAGUUAACGGAAGUUGGAGCACACCCCUGAUAACAGACCUGCUUAAAGCCUACGGGGAAGCUCUCUGUGGAACCAUUAGC